GGAGGAUGAAACAUCAAGGGCUUGUAAGUCGUUCAUAUCGACUUUCCAGUUCCGUCACUAAGGCGGGACGAAAAUAGAGAAUACGCAAUCUCGAUACGAAUUGAUUCUGAUAAUAUUCAUAUAGCCCGUUCCUGAACCACACUCAUUUCUUCUUGGUCACAUCCCAUUAAUGAAGAGCUUAAAGGAUGGUCUGCCGAAAGAUGCCCACGAUGUCUAUUCCCAUCAGAAACUCACCACGAAUUGGCGGAAAUACUUCCCUAGUGAAAAGGAGAAGUGUCCACCAGUGAUUUACUUAGAUCUGUGGCCAUUUGUAUCUGAACCGUUUAUCAUGGCUACUAGCCCUGAGGCCUGUUUUCAACUCACUCAACAGACUCCUCAGCCGAGACAUCCUGGAUUUUCGUGGGCUACGUUUCCGGUUACGGGUGGUAAGGACUUGAUAUCCAUGGACCCACCGAAUCAUCGAAUAUGGCGUUCUCGGUUGAAUCCGGGGUUCUCAAUGCAGAACCUCUUGUCGCAUGCUCCUAUCAUAAUUGAAGAGGUCAGUCUCUUUACGAAGCUCUUGAAGGAACAAGCCGGAAAAGAUGGCACUUAUGGAGAACUAUUUGGGCUUUUCGAUAAGACCGUAGCCUUGACGUUCGACGUCAUCACACGAGUCUCGCUAGAUCUCCGCUUGAGAGAGCAGACUGAAGGCCCCACGCCGUUCCUCAACGCCUACAGAAAACUUAUUACAUACAUGAAAACCGAGAAUAUUCGAACGAGGAUCGAGCGUUGGAAAUCGUCAUAUCGGCAGGAUGUUGCUUUAAAUUCCAAAGUUAUAAGCGAUACAUUGCUCCCACUGAUCCAGUCAAGCCUGAAGCCGGAUGCUAGCAGUCGGAAGACCAUUAUCGAUCUCGCUGUUAAAGAGUUCAAGAAGGAGCACGCGGAUAAGUCCGUCCAACCAAGUAAAGAGUUCAUCGAUACUAUCGUCUCUAUGCUUAAGCUCUUCAUACUAGCUGGUCAUGAGACGACCGCUCAGGCAAUAUGUUGGUCCCUCUACGAAGUCCACAGAAAUCCCGGAGUACUCAAAAAGCUUCGCGAGGAACACGACCAAAUCCUUGGCUCGAACCCUAAGCUUGCAGCAGAGGAAAUAUCCAAACAACCCGGCAAGCUUAACAGUCUCCGAUACACAACUGCCAUCAUCAAAGAGACCCUCCGUCUGCAUCCUCUCGGCUCAACUCUUCGCCAAGGAAGCCGCGGUUUUAAUAUCGUAUACGAAGGGACCGUCUACCCGACCGAAGGGUCGACUGUAUACACCAGCCCCACAGCAAUACAUUACCGUGCCGAUCUAUUCCCGCGACCUACGGAGUUCUUACCAGAGCGCUUUCUCGUUCCUGAAGGGCAUUCAUUAUACCCAGUCAAGAACGCAUGGCGCGCUUUCGAGCUAGGAAGUACACGGUGUAUUGGGGAGGAGCUUGCGCUGAUGGAGUUAAAGCUAGCUCUAGUAUUCACGGUUAGGGAGAUGGAGUUUGAAUUUGAUGGGGUGGGAUGGCAUGAUUUGCAGGGCCGCACGACGCCGGUGGAUGCUAUUGGCGGGGAGCGUAUUUAUCGCACUGGUAAUGGUGUUGGGAGGCCGAAAGAUGGGAUGCCUACGCGCGUUAGGCUUAGAUGAGGGUAGGGUUUAGGAUGUGUCUAUGUGCGGUUAGCUAAAGGGGUGGUUGUGACAGCAAAUGUUAUAAAUGAGAGGAAAAGAUUAGAUUUUCGGUUGAACUUUAUUUGGAAGAUUGCUAUUGCGUAGGGAAGCUUGACGCUUAUUGAAAUAUAAUGGCGGUGCGGUAUGGCCAAACCACUCAGGGACCGUGUGCUUACUGGAUUAUGUACUUAGACCCCCGUAGGUCCUUCAGAUCUGAAAUUCGAUUUUUCAACUUUUUCAACA